AUGGCCGUUCAUGAAUUUCAGCGAAGUAACUCCUGGGAGACGUUUGCUACGGCACAAAGAGGAUCAGAUCCAGAUAUUGCGCCCAAUGUGAGGCAUCUGGCACAUCCAGCUGCACACCUCCUCGAUCACCUUCGAAAUCAUGGCGCACCAAUACCAAUGUCUACACUACCUUGGAACACACAACGACGAGACAACGCCGUCGCCCGAGGUCCCCACAAGUCUGCAAAAGAUGAAGUGUCCUUCGUCCGAGAAGAGUUCACUGAUUUUCUCAACAAGAAAUUCUGGACCAUCCUACCCUAUCGACUCGUGCGGCAUCUACAGAACUUGCGACUCAGUCCUCUGGGCGUCGUUCCACAACGGGACAGACGGCCCAGACUGAUAGUUGACCUUUCUUUCUUUGGCAUCAAUCAAGAAUCCGUCCCAAUCGCACCAUCAGAUUCCAUGCAAUUCGGACGUGCCCUUCACCGCAUCCUACAACGAAUCCUCCAAGCCAACCCUCUGCACGGGCCUGUUUACAUCUCCAAGAUUGACAUUGCCGAUGGUUUCUACCGCAUUCAAUUGGCACCUUAUGCCGUCCCACAUCUGGCUGUCCUACUCCCGCAACACCCCAACGAAGAAGCCAUGGUUGCCUUUCCCCUGGUCCUCCCUAUGGGCUGGGUCAAUUCGCCACCAUACUUCUCGGCCGUCACCGAAACUGGAGCGUACCUGAUGAACCGACGCCUCAAACAGCGCCCCCAAGAGCCACCUCAUCGCCUAGAAGACCUUGCCCUGUGUCCACCAGCACUUCAGAAGCCUGCUUCCAGCCUACCUCCGACAACCCACCGUGUGGAUGACCCCAUCGCCACGCCACCUUCCAAGCCCAUCCAUCAACCCCGGUUCCAUCGGCCAAUGCGUUACGCUGACGUCUACGUUGAUGACUUCAUCUCUUUGGUCCAAGGUACCGAGAACGACCGUCGUCAAGCCAUGCGCACUCUUCUUCACGUGCUCGACACUGUUUUUCGACCUCGGGACUCCACCGGAGACCUCCCCUUUUGUCAAGAGCCGGCUUCCGUCAAAAAGCUCAAGAAGGGCGACGCCAGCUGGUCUACCAAGAAUGUGGUACUCGGAUGGCUCCUGGAUUCUGUUGACAAAACCAUCAGCCUCCCGCCACAUCGAAUUGAACGGCUGCAAACCAUCCUGGCCGGCAUUGGCCCCACUAAGAAGCGCAUCAGUGCCAAGAACUGGCAUCGGUUGCUGGGUGAAUUGCGAUCCAUGGUGAUUGGAAUCCCAGGUGCACGCGGCCUGUUUAGCCCACUUCAAGAAGCCUUUCGAACCGAAACCCCGGACCAUCGCCUUCGCCUGAACGCCAUGGUUCACCAAUUCCUGGACGAUUUCCGUCAGCUGUCCACAACCCUUGCUGACCGCCCCACCAGGAUAGCCAAGCUCAUUCCUCAAGAUCCGAGUGUUAUUGGAACUACAGACGCUUCAGGGACGGGGAUGGGCGGUGUUGCUUUUCUCAAUACUCCCUCUGGUCUGCGACCCAUACUCUGGCGGCAUCGCUACCCCAAGCAUGUCCAAUCAAAAUUGAUAACCUUCGACAAUCCACGGGGUUCGUUGAGCAUUGGCGACUUGGAACUGUCUGCCACAGUGUGCCAACACGAUGUCGUCACUACUGCUGCCGAUGCUCGGGAGCACACCAUCCACAGCUUCCACGACAACACAGCUGCCCAAUUUUGGCAGCGCAAAGGCUCCACCACUACGACAGGACCAGCUGCCGCCCUGCUUCGCCUCCAGUCCCACCAUCAACGGGUGUUCCGCUAUGUACCGUUCCACGACUAUCUCCCAGGACUCCUGAAUAAAAUGAAUGAAUUGCUGGGAGCUGCACCACGUUCGGCCGCCGAUUCUUUCCGCCGUGAUCUCGAUAUUAGCCAGCAAACAGUACGAAAGGGUGUCGUUCGAGGAACUCAAGAUACUGCUGACGCGCACUGGGAGCUUUGGACCAAGUUCUGUGAAGAACUUGGACUCGACCCCCUCCUCCGCGUCCCUGAUCCCGUUCAAUUUCUCCAAGUCUUUGCCACACGCUACCGCCGUCGACCAGGAAAGGCACGGUUUCGAACGCCAUACGCUCGGUGGGCCAGACGAUGGCCAGCAUGGGGGCCAGGGAUGCUCGGAAAGACAGCACGGGUUCCAUUGACUUCCGCCUGA